AUGUCCAAUUUAGUCCACAUCGAGUCAACCGACCAGUUCUCAGCCCUGCUCUCCUCGUCACAGAUUGUCGUGGCCGACUUUUAUGCCGACUGGUGCGGCCCAUGCAGACAAAUCGCCCCCAUCUUUGAGCAACUUUCAGCGCAACUCUCUCGACCAAACAAGAUCACCUUCGCAAAGAUUGACACCGACAAACAGCAGGACAUUUCACGAUCCUAUGGCAUCCGAGCCCUGCCCACAUUCAUGGUCUUCAAGAACGCGAGGCCGGUCAGGACCAUUCAAGGCGCAGACCGGGAGGCGCUGUCCAACGCGGUGAAAGAGCUGGCGAGCGCGGCGGACAAGAUGGGGACAGGUGAGGAUGAUGGGAACUCGAGUGGCGACACGUGGCUCGGUGCAGACCUACCAAGAGGAUACGACGACGUGACUUCUCAGGUUGAUGUCUUAGGUUUGGAGCUGCUGAACUGGGACUCUGAGCAUGGCAACGCAAGAACGUUGAUCAGUGGCACCAAGCCCAAAGGACAAGCAGAGGCCAAGUCAGAUUGGGUUGAAAGCGACACGGACGAACAACUCAUGCUCUACCUCCCUUUCAUGUCGACGCUGAAGAUUCACUCGUUACACCUCACAUCCCUCCCCGACAACACAGAUGACGAUGAAUCCCCGAGCCGGCCAAAGCAGGUGAAGAUCUACACCAACAGACCUCGCAUCCUUGGUUUUGACGAGGCCGAAGAUACACAACCGGCACAAGAGGUCACACUAUCGGAGAAAGACUGGGAUUCAAAGACAGGGACUGCUAAGAUUGAACUACGCAUUGUCAAAUUCCAGAAUGUGUCCAGCCUGGUUGUCUUCGUGGUGCAGAGUGAAGGCGACAACGAGAAGGUCCGGAUUGAUCGCAUCAGGGUCAUUGGUGAAACAGGAGCGAAGAGAGACGGCAAAAUCGAAAAGAUUGCAGGAGACGAUGAUUGA